AUGUUGAAGUAUAGCGGAUUAAUGAUUUUGAGGUUAGGUUCAAGAAAUUUUUUGCGGAAUUAUUCCGCUCCUGGUGCCACUAUAUUUAAAAACACCACAGAAACUUCUGGCACUGUAACGGAUAAGAAUGCAGAGGAAACAGCAUUUCCAUCGAAGGAAGGCUCAGGUUUACUAGCAGCAGCAUUUGCAUCCCUAAAUGAGGAAGAGGCUGACAAUAGAAAACCUAGUCCGAAAUCAUUUAAGCAGAGCAAGACACAACAAAUUGAUGGUCAAAUAACUAAAGCCACUGACGUAAAUAGUCUUCUACUAGUCGCUGAAAACCCUAUCGUCUCCAGAAGACAUGCUCUUAAGAUGGUCUCAAUAUUGUCAGAAUGGUCGAGCACUAAUAAAGUGAAUCUGACAGAUUUUGAAAAGGAUCCAAGAUUCCUCAAGCUAUGUCGGAUAUUGGCUCGGACUCCGGCCAGUCAAGCUAUGAGUUCUCUCACUAUGGCUGAAGAUUUAAGCACAGUUCUAGGUAUCACUGGAGAUGAUGAGGCGGCAAGGUUGAUAGCAAAUUUGUCGCUAUCACAAAUGAUUAAGGUGAUGAAAGCUCUUCAACAGAAGGGUCGUCGGAGCACACCAUUACUCCGAGCACUGUCAUUUAACAUAACAAAACAGUCUGAACAAUUGGAUCUAAAGAAAUCUGCUGAUCUUCUGUUCUCAAUGGCUUCUUUGAAUUUCCCUGAUCCAUUAUUGUUAGACAGGAUUUGCAGUGACACAAUAGACUGUCUGCCGUCAAAUGAAGACAAGCCAGCGGUGAUCAAUUCCAUUAUAGUGUCACUGGGUCUGCUCAAACAUCGUCAUGAGGCCGUGCUAACAGCACUAUCAGAAUGGAUACAGUCACACCGACACAUAUGUAGAGUGGGAGAUAUAGCAUCGGCUGUGGUUACAUUUGCUACCCUGGAUUUUAUACCGCCAAAAGCUGACAGUAUUAUUGAGGCAGCAUCCCGUCUUAAGGAAGAUGAGAUGGUGAAGGCGUCCUCGUGGCUCGACCUGGUGUAUGCUCUACUGAUCCUAGAGAGAGUGGAGCAGCAUCAUCUCGUGUCCACCUUACAGCCAGACUUUAUUGACAAGCUACUGUCUUCCGGAGAGAUUCCCAUACCAUCACGUCGCAAGUUGAUGUCCAUAGACGCGUACGUAGGGAUCAAAUUCCCAUCAAACAAGAUCCGUCUUGCUGAGGACAUAUCGGUUGGAGUUCCCAUCAUGCAUACAAAGGAAAAGGUGCUUUAUGUACAGAGCAUCAUGGACACAUUUAAGAGUUUAGUUUCAGCUGAAACAUUCCUUAGACGGGAUUGUCAGACUGGAAUGGGCUUCUUAUAUGACGCUGAGUUUGCGGUGGAUUCCAAAUGCCAUCCGGUGCCACUCGAUAAAGUUGACAAAAGAAAUGAUGUUCACCGGAUAGCUGUACUGGGUCUUGACUACCACGACAUGAGUCGCGGGACCCCACAUCCUUUGGGUACAAUACGCCUGUACGAACGCCUCCUUACACUUAAGGGUUUUAAAGUACUUAAGAUUCCAUACACAGAGUUCAAUCCAAAGGACAAAUUGGUGACCAGGGUCCAGUACAUAGAGAACCGCUUGAAGGAACUAGUGAGACAGUCCCGGAGUUAG